GUACACCCUUAUUCAGCUGGGCCUGACCGUCGUCGGCAGGGGCAGGGAGAACACCGAGCACAGCUACACGUGCGCGAGCUACAACCUGUUCGCCUUCCCCUAUGUCGGGCCUGAGCUCGGCAACUGGGACGUGACCUUUUCGUGCCAGGCGUCGGCGCUGCAGUUCAACUCCGACCACUGUGUGAACUUCAACACCUGGAUCGGCGAGGGCAUUUCGUACCUCAGCCGGGAGGACGAGAGGCGGCUCCACGGGCCCAACGGCAACGGGAGCCUGAACGGAGCCCACGGCGAGAAGGUCGGGUUGCUGAGGCUGUGGAAGGCACUGUGCGCUGCCCGGCUGCCGCUGGUGAUCCACACUCCCAAAGACCUUUUCUUCCUGCUCGCGGCCUUCGAGAGAAGACCGCUCCCGCGGGAGGACCCGCGCGCCCUGGCGGCGCUGGUCCGGCAGUGCUUCCCGAAGGUGUACGACACCGCCCACCUCCACGGGGCCCUGGGCCGCUUCAAGCGCCUGGGCCUCCUGAAGUUCUUCGAAGACGCCAAGGCGCGCUACGACGAGCUCGAGGGCGCCCCGCCGCUGCAGUUCGACCUCACGCCCGCCACCGCGCAGCGGUACGGCAGGAAGAGCGAGGACGAGCUGGCGCACGAGGCGGGCUUCGACUCGCUGGUAACGGCGCAGCUGUUCGUCUACUUGCGCGCCAUCUCGUCCACGCGCGUGCGGGAGGGGGUGAACCGGCUGUUCCUCUUCCGGAACGUCGAGUACCUGGACCUCGACCGGGCAGGGCGCGAGGGGCAGGUUGGGACGAACAUGUUUGACCUUUCCAGAGUGACCUUGCUGGUGGCCGUGUUAGACGCGAAUUUCCAGGAGGCCCCCAGGCUGAUCGCUGCUUCGGGCUCUCUGUACAAGUGGAUGGACAGCCGGCACGUGCUUGUGGUGCUGAGGGCGUCUGGAGGCGCCGCCGUCCGGAAAGCCGCCGAGCUGGCCGCCCAGGUCCACGGCGUGGUCUCGUGGAUGGGCUUCGACGAGUGGCGGGCCGCCCAGGCCGUGCCGCCCACGCGUCCCACGGGCGCGCAGGCUUCUCGGCUUCGAGAAGACCGACGGCGACGCCGACGCCUCGCGCCCCGAGGAGGCCCAGGAGGACGAGCCCGAGGGGGUCGCCGACAUCGAGCAGGUUGA